AUGGAUUUUCUCAAUACAACAACAGGCGAGAUAAAAAGUGAUGUGACUAAAUUAUUAAUAGGUGCUGAUGGAAUUAAUUCAAGUGUAAGGAAAAUUCUUUAUUCAAAUGAAGGACCACCAAUAUGCCAAGGUCUUCAUAUAUGGAAUGGAUUAACAUCUGUUGAUAAACUUUAUUUAGAUGGACGAACAAUGAUUUGUAUGGGAAAUCCAGAUACAGCAUAUUUUAUAAUGUAUGAUUUAAAUAAUAACCUGAUUAAUUGGGCUUGUGUUAGUAGAGUUAAACAAGAAGAUACAUCUUUCUUAGCACCAGAUAAAUCUGAAUGGACUAAUAUCGGUCAUUGGAAAGAUUUUCUUUCUUUUAUUAAAGAUAUGAAACUUGAUUUUAUUGAUAUUGAACAAAUAAUUAAAUCAUCAACUGUUAUUAAUCAAUUUCCAAUUACAGAUCGUAAUAUUAUUUCUCGGUGGACAUUUAAUGGUGUAUAA